UUUUGGCCAAUGACAAUUGAGGUUUAACAGCUGCUUACUUCAUUCAUCCUUAGAGCCUUGGGAUUAUUGGAGGAUCCAACCUCGGACCAUCACAUGCCUCUGUCUCAGCUCCGAUCGCUUUCAAUCGUCACCAAUGACGGAGUUUCGAGCUAUCCCAGCUGUUCCGUCUCUUCUCCUCCGCCUCAAUUGCCCUUCAAAGACAUGCCGGUAACAUCUAACUUCACACUAGAUAUCCGAACAACUUUAUCAUUUCUUUCUUCGUCCCGCUUGUUCUAAAAUAGGUCUAACAAGUCCUUAACAAGUUAUUCGCUGUCAAUGGCAUUCGCGGUAAAUUGUUAUUUACAGGCGAGUCCUAUUUGAUGUCAUGCCGCCAUGGCGGUCCAAUCCACCCUUCGUCAUUCGGCAUCCGAAGACAUCCUCGUCGCUUUUCUCGACAAAUAUACAGCCCUAAUUCGAGAUCGAUUACGAAAGACAUCGAAACGUACCAAACUCCUCGCAACCCUCGCUCUCGCCGCAUCCAUAAUACUCGGCGCAGAAGGCGGCCGGAGAUGGUGGAAGCGGAGGAUGCAAGAAAAAGAACAAGGUCGGAAGCUUGUGCGCACGAAUUCUUGGCUAUUCAACAAAGAUGGAUCGCGAACCGUCUACGUCCCAUACAAAGAUGGGACAUCCAAGGUGGUUAUUCACAGGACGAAACCUUUAACCUUCGAAGCGCAUCGUCGACUCUUCCUUAACCCACCUAAAGUCUCGGGGCUUGGCGACGGCACUGUGCCCUCGGCGCAAACUAAACCAGGCCUGAAUCUUGCCUUCUUACAUCAGUUCCUAAGCUUGAUGAGCAUCAUGAUACCCAGAUGGACCAGUAAAGAAGCGGGAUUGUUAGUCAGCCACAGCGCGUUUUUGAUGCUUCGCACCUAUCUUUCGCUAGUAGUUGCGCGUCUAGACGGCGAGAUUGUUCGAGAUUUAGUCGCAGGUAAUGGAAGGUUAUUUCUCUGGGGUAUAGUUAAGUGGUGCGGACUUGGUGGUUUCGCCUCUUAUACGAACUCGAUGAUUAAAUUUCUAGAGUCCAAGGUGUCGAUUGCCUUCAGGACUCGGUUGACGAGAUAUAUCCAUGAUUUGUACCUCAACGACAACCUCAACUACUAUAAACUGUCGAACUUAGAUGGUGGGGUUGGACAAGGAGCAGACCAAUUCAUCACUCAGGAUCUGACUCUCUUCUGCGCCUCUGCCGCCAAUCUAUAUUCCUCUCUAGGAAAGCCGUUUGUCGAUCUUUGCGUGUUCAAUUACCAAUUGUAUCGCUCUUUAGGUCCCCUCGCAUUAACUGGGCUGAUGAGCAACUACUUCCUCACGGCGAGUAUUUUGCGAAGGAUGUCUCCACCUUUCGGCAAAUUGAAGGCAGUCGAGGGGCGCAAAGAGGGGGAUUUCAGAAGUCUUCAUGCCCGCUUAAUCGCAAACGCUGAGGAGGUUGCUUUCUACGGCGGUGCUGAAAUGGAAAAGACAUUUUUGAACAAGGAAUUCAAAUCCCUGAAGAGCUGGAUGGAAGGAAUCUACUUGCUCAAAAUUCGGUACAAUAUCCUUGAAGAUUUCAUCUUGAAGUAUAGUUGGAGUGCUUAUGGUUACCUCUUGUCAUCUUUACCGGUCUUCCUCCCAGCGUGGGGUGGUCUCGGUGGUGCAAUGGAGAUGGUUGAGAGCGCCGAGAGAGGUGGCCGGGAACGCAACCGUAUGAAGGACUUCAUCACCAAUAAACGACUCAUGCUUUCUCUGGCAGAUGCUGGUGGACGCAUGAUGUAUUCGAUCAAGGAUCUGUCCGAACUGGCGGGAUACACUAGUCGUGUUUACACACUUAUCUCGACGCUGCAUCGCGUUCACGCCAACUCCUAUUUCCCGCGACCCAGCGGCAAUGAACUCUACUCGCUCUCCGACGUUCAGGGAACUAUCCAGAAAGGGUUUGAUGGUGUGCGCUUCGAGCACGUGCCUAUCGUUGCGCCCGGACUAUGGCCUCAGGGCGGCGAGGAGUUAUUAGAUUCGUUGUCUAUGAUCGUCCGCCGAGGGGAGCAUUUGUUAAUUUCCGGACCUAACGGUGUUGGAAAGAGCGCGAUCGCAAGAGUGCUUGCUGGUCUUUGGCCAGUCUACCGUGGCUUAGUGAGUCGACCCAAGUCUAUCGGCCAGGAUGGGAUCAUGUUCUUGCCUCAAAGGCCAUACCUAAGCGUCGGCACGCUGCGUGACCAAGUUAUCUACCCAGAUGGCGAGGUGGACAUGCGUCUCAAGCGCAAGAACGAGGAUGAGCUGAAGCGAGUGCUUGACGCAGCCAAACUCGGUUACCUACCUGACCGGGAAGGCGGAUGGGAUACUCGAAAGGAGUGGAAAGAUGUGUUGAGCGGCGGUGAAAAGCAGAGGGUUGGUAUCGCACGCUUGUUAUACCACGAACCCCAAUAUGCCGUCAUCGACGAGGGCACAAGCGCCGUCUCAAGUGAUGUUGAGGGCCUCUUGUACGAGACGUGCAAAGAGAGGGGCAUCACCUUAAUCACCAUAUCGACGCGCGCUUCCCUAAAGAAAUACCAUACCUUCAAUCUCAGCCUCGGAGGAGGCGACAAUGGAGACGAAUGGGCGUUCGAUCGCAUAGGGACCGAAAGGGAGAAGAUGCAAGUAGAGAAGGAGCUGCAGGAACUCCACGAACGCCUGGCCCAGGUCGAGCAGUGGAAACAGCGCCGCGAAGAGAUCGAAAAGGAGUUAGCUCAAGUUUGGGUUGAAGGUGACGCUACCUUAGACCCGCCUGCUUAUGUGGACGCUGUUGAAACUCAGGGGUGAAAGUCAACAGUGGUCUGUUAGGGGUGUGGUUUGAGUGUACGAUUGCUUGCCGUGUACGAGUAUUAUGUAGACAAGGCAAUCCUAGGAUAUUGAAUGGUAUCAUAAUUAUGAUCAGUGGUAUUAGGCAGUCCGGAUCAUGUAAAUGGGUAGUCCAUCUAAGUCAAGCACCAAGAGCAAGAUUUUUCUUAUGGACACCUCUCGGUUUCAUACAGAUGAGAGUUUCUCAGACAUUUGACUAAUAAAGAAGCCAACGCAUGAUAACUCAGGGAUGGAUUUGUCCAGGAAUGAAACACUAGCAGGUCAUAUCUAUCUUCAUUGAAUCAAGUAGCAACUGGACCUCAUCUCAAGUUGAACUUGGUCUUACCUAGCCACGUCAUACCUACUUACUAAUCAUUAUUAACAAUUUCAUAACACGACCUUUUCCUAUAAAUACAUA